GUUUUGACUUGGAUAAAGGAAAACAUUACUAUGGGUUUGCACGGAAAUCUUAAAUUUAACUUAACAGAACUAGACUACGAAUUUCACUACUUUAUCAAGAACAUGAGCUGCAGAGCCAUGAUGAGACUUCCCUAUUCGUAUCGUUGCCAGAUGGCCAGGCAAGUCGGUGACUGCAAACGCAUAAUAAACUUAUUCAACUACUUCAGGAUGAUGUAUUGCUCGAUCCACAUUGAUAACAAAAUAACAGAGGUCCUGUUCAUGUUUCUGUUUGCGUUUAUUUGUGUGGCCUUCCUAUGGCUUAUGUCCUUCAACAUUGGUGCCUACUUUUCGCCAGUCCUCAAGAUAAUCUCGCUGAAGCUGCACAUGAAUGAGUACCUGGCGGGUGUUACCCUCUUAGCAUUCGGCAACUGUAGUCCUGAAAUUAUUGCUAAUCUGAUGCCCGUGAGAGCGGAUGCGCCGAUCUUCACCAUAGCUGUGGGUAAUACCCUGGCCAUAAUAUUGCUGAGUGGUGGCACAGUUUGUUUUCUAAGGCCCUUUAAAAUGAACGGACACUGCACACUGCGAGAUCUUUUGUUUCUGCUGCUGGGUGUUGAGGUCCUCCGAUUUGUCAUGAACAAGGAGGGAGCAGUGACCAUGUGGGAAGGAAUCGUGCUGUUCUUUAUUUACGUCGUAUAUGUGGUUAUUAACAUAGCCGAUGUUAUUAUAAUGCGCUUCUACAUCAAAAGUAAGGUUUACUUCUUUUGUUGUUUUGGAAGAGUACUUGAUUCCGUUUACCACUCAGAACUUCGAAAAGAAGUGGACCACUUGGGUAACCUAACUCCCCCGCCGACUAAGGAACUACAGGCUAAGCUGCGAACAUUGACUUCGUUGGAAGUUGAGAAUGACAUACAAAUCAGUGAUACAACCAAGUAUCGACGGUCCAGGAAUUCUGGUAACCACUUCUCCGAUACGACGAGAACCGGCUAUUUUGUCACCCCCAAACCGAAGGAACGACCCGAACAAGUUGACCACGAAGCCAAUCGUACCAACCUGCACAAUUCGGAAAACCCAAAAAAUCUCUUGCUGUUCACGGAGUUCCUUUGGUCCCUCAACCCCAUUGAUGGGGAGGCCUGGCAGCUGGGCGGUAAGUGCAAUCGACUAUACCUGAUUGUCAGGUCCCCCCUGGUAUUCGUAAUGCUGCUCUUUAUUCCCGUGGUGGACUUCGAGAAGGACAAGCAUGGUUGGAGCAAGCUGCUCAACUGCACGCAGAUUGUGACGAACCCGUUUGUGAUCAUUACCCUGGUGCAUUCUGCCGUGGCCAGUGUCUAUCACACCUGGUACAUAACCCUCAACAUUGGCAUCUCGAUGUGGUCGCCGUGCAUAACGAUCCCGCUGGCCAUAGCUGUCUUCCUGCAUUCACGGACGGACGUGCCGCCGUUCUAUCACCAACUGUUUAUUAUCCCUACCUUUCUUAGUUCCAUGGUGACCCUCUGGAUCGCUGUCACCGAGUUGGAAGUCCUCUCCGAGAUUGUGGGCAUCGUGUUCAAUCUAUCCGAGACCUUCAUGGCGGUCACCUUUGAGGCCGUUUCGAAUGCCACCCCUGAUAUUAUAGCCAAUUCCCAGCUGGCCAUGCAGGGUUACGGCCGCAUGGCCUUCGCGGCCAUUAUUGGAGGACCAGUUUUUGCGAUUUUAAUCAGCAUGAGUUUGGCCUUCAUCUUCAAUCACAGAGUUCGCGAGGUGGGCGCUCAUUUGUGGGUGUACGGCGAUCUGGGUGAUAACUGCUAUAUUUUCCUGGUAAUAACCAUCGUGACCACAUUGUGGUGGUGUGUAACCUUCAACUUUUACGCCCGACGAUCCGCCGGAGUUUUCCUGUGGCUCAUUUAUUUGCUGUUCCUUAUAUAUGCAGUUUGCGUGGAGUGGGAACUCGUGCACCCAUUUUCUAGAGAUGAAUAUAUUGACCCAAUAUGAUUUGAUAUUUGGUUUUGCUGUUUAUAUAUAUACUUAACGUGCUUA